AUGGACAGAGUUAAAUUUAUUAUUUGUAUGGUAUUCGUCUUCAGUCUGGGGAAUUGCGAAGACAAGACUGUGAAGGCUCAAAACUUACAAGAAAAUAGAAAAUGUUUCACGCCAAAUGGUGACAACGGAAAUUGCAUUAACAUAAAAAGAUGCCCAACGCUGCUUCAUCUAUUAGAACAUCAGGGACACAAUUCUUCUAUUGCCACUUUUCUCAUAAAAUCUAAGUGUGGAGAUGAGGAUAAUUUCCCUUAUUACCCCAAGGUAUGCUGUUUGGAUGAUGUAAUUUUCAAAUUGCCAUCUCAAGAUACUUGUGGACGGAAUAAUGUUAGUCGCAAUCUAAUUGUCGGAGGAAGGUUAGCUGAAUUAGGUGAUUGGCCCUGGAUAGCAGCACUUGGGUAUCAAGUUCUUAGUGAGCCAAUGUCGGAAUACAAGUGGUUGUGUGGUGGUUCCUUGAUAUCAGAUAGAUACGUAUUAACAGCUGCUCACUGCACCAUUGGUUCUGGAAUGUACCGUUUGUCUGUUGUGCGUUUAGGUGAUUUGAACUUAGAUCCUAAUGUGGUUGAUGGAGCUGAACCAAUAGAUGUUGCAAUUUCUCGUGUCAUAAUACAUACCAGAUAUAACUCACGUACAAAUACCAAUGAUAUUGCAUUAUUAAAAUUAGGCAACAGUGUUGGAUUCAAUCAAUUUAUUCAACCUAUAUGUUUACCCAUCUUAUCGCAUCAUAGAGCCAAAUCGUUAACUAAACUUCAACUAUCUUUUGCCGGAUGGGGUUCCACAAUGUUAAAUCGAAGUUCUGAUGCUCUUAUAGAAGUUGAGUUACCAGUGUUAAGCAAUUCGGAAUGUAAAAAAAUAUAUGAGUCACAUAAAACUAAUAUCGAUGAUACACAAUUGUGUGCUGGAAUAAAAGGAAGAGACAGUUGUAUGGGAGAUUCUGGAGGUCCCUUAAUUUGGCCAAAAGGUUCUCAAUAUUAUUUAGUGGGAGUUAUGAAUUUCGGACAUUUAUCCUGCGGUACAGACAUUCCAGGUGUAUAUGCUAGGGUGACAUCAUUUCUCGAAUGGAUCGUAGAAAACAUGAAUUAG